AUGGAGAGGUUCAUCAGGCCGUCCGGGUUGAGACAAAAGACAGCCCACGUCAGCCAUCCGGAGCUGGCCGUCACCAUCAAGGCCCCAAUUCUGAGCGUCAAGAAGAACCCGUCGAACCCGCUGUACACCCGGCUCGGUGUCCUGACAAAAGGGUGUGUUAUUGAGGUCAACACGAGCGAACUGGGUUUGACGACCGCAUCCGGCAAGGUUGUUUGGGGUCGGUAUGCGCAAAUCACGAAUGACCCCGAGAAUGACGGUUGCGUUAAUGCGGUGCUGCUGGCCUCUUCCGAUUUGCUCGAAAAUCAGGCUCUGCAUGACUUCUCUCGCGAUUUCAACGCCAUGAAUCAGCCCCACGAAGCCAAUGGCUCUCCCCUAAUCGAGAAUAUCCUUGAGAGCAACCCGGACCAUGGUGCAGGCGCCUGUGACAGACCUCCUCAGGAGGGCGAUGUUAUUGCCUUCGCCAGCUUGGACUACGAUGAGGAAGACAUGACCGAGGAAAAUCGUAAUGCGUGCACGAUUACAGAGGACUCCGCUGAAGGAGAUGUCUUCAAGUCUGCCGAGGCCAUCGCAUCAGCCAUGUCAUCGUCCGUCGAGGAAACAUCGGACCAGCAGCCUGUGCCCCAGGACGUACGUUGCUUCACCGCGUCACAGCUGCAGCUGUACAUAGAACGGCUUGACGAUGUACGCUCGCCACAGAAAGCGGAAGACCGUAAGAAAUUCCUAGAAACUACAUACCAAAUUGCGUGCAUAACAAAUAACAAGCCGCCCUCAGUUCCAAGCUCCCUUUAUGACAGCGUUAUUCGCAGCGAUGCUUGGUAUUCCGCUAUUUUUCACCGCCUCUUUGACUUCUUCGUCAAGGCAGAGCAACCUCAGCACAAAUAG